AUGGGGAAGACGGUAGAUGGAGGAGCUCGGUCGUGGACUGGUGACAACGCCAUCAAGCGAAUGUCCCCCUUCAAUGUAGUCCCACUAGCUGUCGCUCUCUGUCGGUCGGACCCACGAUGUUUGGCCAACGCGGCCGACCUCAAAGAAAUGCAGCAGAUGAGUCGCCACGGUGGCGACGUCGGCGAUGAAGGCAGAAUGGGAUCGGCAGAGGACCGCAUCAUCAACAUGCUACUGCACAAGACGCCUCUGUCUCCGUGGAGCGAGGAGCAGGAGGAUGCGGCGGCAGGACGCGUGAUGCAUAGCUAGUGAUGUUACGGGAAAGGUCAGUCGCCCGCGUGCGCACACUAUACGGCACCUCUACUAGAAGAACAGAGACGACCCGCGAGGGAGAAUUCUGGUUUCAGUCUGUACAAAAAAAAUCUCCUGAUAUUUCUUAUAUAUAUAUAUAUAUAUAUACGCGCGUGU